UUGUUGAUAAAUCAGAGCCAGAAAUAUAUUUUCAUAGUAAGAUAUAAAGAUUAGAGAGGCCACUGUAAUGGAUUUAUCAAUCAUGGCGAUUUGUUGUUGUUUAAUGUUUUUUUUUUUUUUUUAUUGUAAAAAGCCCGCGCAUUUUCUCAAUCUUUUGUUGUUACUUGUACUGGCUGUGUGUGAGUGUUACACAAUUUACACAAAGCAUUGCAAAGCAUUUUAUUUUUUACUAUUUAAUUAUAAACAAACAGAUAAAUAAAUUAUUGUCCAGGUUUAAUUAUUUAUUAAAAUGGGUGACGAUAUACAAGAUGAACCAAACACACGAUUUGGAAUGGAUGCAAUUGCACAGCAAAUGUUUGUGAGAUUUUUCAAAGGUCUUCCUGAGAAAUCAGACAGUACUGUUCGAUUUUUUAAUCGUGUUGAUUAUUAUUCGUGUCAUGGAAGUGAUGGAUUGUUUGCUGCUCGUGAGGUGUUCAAGUCAACAUCAGCCUGCAAACAACUUGGUGUUGAACCAAAUAAAAUUGAUGGAGUUUGUCUCAGUAAAACUAGAUUUGAAACAUUUGUCAAAGAGUUAUUGUUGGUUAAAAGAUAUCGAGUUGAAGUUUAUGUCAACAAAGGAACAAAUAGAAAUCAACAAUGGUCAUUAGAAUUUAAAGGUUCACCUGGUAAUUUAUCACAAUUUGAAGAUAUUUUAUUUGUUAAUUCUGACAUUGGCAUUGGUACAUCAAUAAUUGCUGUUAAAUUAGGAUCAGAAGGAAAAUCCAGGCUCGUUGGUGUUAGUUGUGUUGAUCCACUAACAACAGUCAUAUCAGUCUGUGAAUUUUUAGAUGAUGAAUCAUACUCUGAUCUUGAAGCUCUUGUCGUAACAACUUCACCAAAAGAAUGUCUUUUAUUAUCAGCUGAAGGAAAUAAAGAAUUUCAAAAUAUCAAAGAUGUUAUGGAAAGAAAUAAUGUACUGGUAACAUUGAGAAAAAAAAAUGAUUUUUCAACAGAUUCAUUAAUUCAAGAUUUAAAUUCAUUGCUUAAAUUUAAAAAAGGACAACAAGAAAAUUCACAAGCACUACCAGAAACAAGUUUAGAUCAUGCAAUGUCAUCAACAGCAGCAUUAAUAAAAUAUUUAGAUUUAACAUCAGAUGCAGCAAAUAUUAAUCAAUACAGAAUAAAACAACUUGAACGUUCACGUUAUCUUAAACUUGAUGGAGCAGCAAUAAAAGCUCUUAAUAUUGAUCCACCACCUGGUUUACAAUCAGUUGUUAGUGGUGGAUCAACAACAAGUAUACAAGGAUUAUUAGAUAAAUGUAGAACUCCUUUGGGUCAUCGUCUUGUUUCUCAAUGGGUCAGACAACCACUUAAAGAUUUGGCAUUAAUAAAAGAACGUCAUGAUAUUGUUGAACAAUUAGUUAAUAAUAAUGAUUUACGUAAAGUUUUAAGUGAAGAUCAUCUUCGUCGUGUUCCUGAUUUAGAACAAUUGGCUAAAAAAGUUGCACGUAAAAAUGGUAGUCUUCAAGAUUGCUAUAAAAUUUAUAUGUGUUUAAUGCAUAUACCAAUUAUUUUAGAAACAUUAUCAUCAUCUGAUGAUAAUACUGCUGCAAUGAAAACACUUAUUAUUGAACCACUUAAAGAAUUAAUAAGUGAUUUAGAAAAAUUUCAAGAAAUGGUUGAACAAACAAUUGAUCUUGAAUCAUCUGAUUCUGGUGAAUUUCUUGUUAAACCAGAAUUUAAUGAAGAUUUAAAAGAUAUGAAAGAAACAAUGGAAAAUUUAAAAAAUAAAAUGGAAAAAGAAAUUAAAAAAGUUGGUGAUGAUUUAAAUUUUGAUGUUGGAAAAACAAUUAAACUUGAUAGUACAUUAGAACAAGGUUAUUUCUUUCGUGUUACAUUAAAAGAAGAAGUUAAUUUACGUAAUAAUAAAAAAUAUGAAAUAUUUGAAACUCAUAAAUCUGGUGUUAAAUUUAGAAGUUAUAGAAUGACAGAAAUUAAUACUGAUUAUUUAUCAACAAGAAAUAAAUAUGAAGAAGAACAAAAAAGUGUUGUUAUUGAAAUUUUACAAAUUGCUGCUAGUUAUAGUAAUUUAAUAAAAUCAGUUGCAUCAACAAUUGCAAUAUUGGAUGUAUUAACUGCAUUUGCAAUAGCAGCUGUUAAUUCAACAAAUAUAUUUGUUCGUCCAAAUAUGGUAUCAAGUGAAGAGGGUAUAUUAAAUAUUAAACAAGCAAGACAUCCAUGUCUUGAUACACAACCUGAUGUUCAUUAUAUUGCAAAUGAUUGUGCCUUUAAACGUGAUGAGAGUCAAUUUUUUAUAAUUACUGGACCAAAUAUGGGUGGUAAAAGUACAUAUAUGAAAUCUGUUGGUGUUGUUGCAUUGAUGGCACAUAUUGGAAGUUUUGUACCAUGUGAAGAAGCAACAAUAUCAUUGUUAGAUUGUAUAUUAGCAAGAGUUGGUGCUGAUGAUUCACAAGAAAAAGGAGUAUCAACAUUUAUGAUAGAAAUGGUUGAGACAGCAACUAUUCUUAAAACUGCUACUUCAAAUUCAUUGGUAAUUAUUGAUGAACUUGGACGUGGAACAUCAACAUAUGAUGGUCGUGGUAUUGCUUGGUCAAUUGCUGAAUAUUUAGCUAAAGAAAUUAAACCAUACUGUUUAUUUGCUACACAUUUUCAUGAAAUUGCAAGACUUGCUGAAGAUGUACCAACUGUUAAAAAUUAUCAUGUUUCUGCAAUUGUUGAAAAAGAUGAUAUUAUAUUUUUAUAUACUGUUAAACCUGGUAUAUGUGAUCAAAGUUUUGGUAUUCAUGUUGCAAAAAUGGUUAAUUUUCCAUCUGAUAUCAUUAAAUUUGCUGAAAAAAAACAAGCUGAACUAGAAGAUGGUGAAAAUAUUUCAUUUAAAGGAUACAAAAAUGCUGAAGAAAAAAGAAAAAUUGUUGCUGAAGGAGAAAAAUUAAUUGCUAAAUUUGUAACAAAGUGUAAAGAACUUGAUGAAUCCCUGAGUGAAAAAGAACUUUUGGAUAAAAUUACUUCAUACAAAAAUGAAACAAUUGCCAGUGGAAAUCCUUACAUCGCUGCUUUACUAGCUGAAGCAUAAAUUUUUUCUAUACUCAACUUAUCAUUUAGUGCCAUACAGUAUCAUCAUAAAAAAAUUGAAACAAAAUACUCUGUAAUUACUUGAAUAAUAAU